AUGGCAUACCAGCCUCGUGCUCCGAAUGAAAGCAGCGGUGAUGAAAACGAUUCAACUCGUCGACUUUACAAUCCGUAUCAAGACUUGCAGAUCCCGGUACAAACACUAUACAAGCUCCCUACCUCUCCGGAGUACCUCUUCCCGGAGGAGUCCCGCGCGCAACGCCGUUCCUGGGGAGAGAAUCUCACGUACUACACUGGCAUAGGUUACCUGGCCGGUUCCUCCGCCGGCGCCGCAAAGGGAUUCAUCUCUGGCCUCAAGUCCAUCGAGUCUACGGAUACUCUAAAGCUGAAAAUCAACCGGGUACUCAACGGGUCGGGUCAUACCGGGCGCCAGAUUGGAAACCGGUGCGGGAUCAUCGGACUGCUGUACGCAGGCCUUGAGAGCGGCAUGGUGGCUUAUAGGGAUACGGACGAUGUGAUCAACAGUGUAGUGGCCGGACUUGGCACUGGGGUGCUCUACAAGGCAGCUGCUGGGCCUCGUUCUGCAGCUGUGGCGGGGGCGAUUGGUGGUGUGCUGGUUGGGGUCGCCGUUACAGGCAAACAGGCAUUGAAACGAUACGUGCCCAUUUGA